CAUACAAAAGGGGGACGGCUCUCCGCGUUGCAAUCUUCCCUGGCAAUAACUUGCAAGCCGCAGACAGCUUAGGAGGCGCAGAGUGGAAGGGACGGUUCGGUUGGUGCAGAGCUGUCUUACACAUUACACACAUCAGAAAGGGGGAGAAGGUGGGGAAACUCAUCAGCUGUGUCUCAACUGGAACUGCACCCGAUCAUGGUGAGAAGGAACCUAGCCGACUGAGAUAUAGUGUAGACUCUGAAGACAUUUCCUUUGAACAAACAGCUUCAAAAAUGGCUGAAGGAACAAAUCCGAUCGCAGCAAACUAUUCGUGGAACAUGUCCUGCCCGUCGAUUGAUGAUUUCCGGAAUCAAGUGUAUUCGACAGUAUACUCCCUGGUCUUUGUGGUGGGCUUGUCAGGAAAUGCCUUUGCUCUGUUUGUACUGGUGAGAACGUUCAAGCAGCGAACAGCCUUCAACAUCUAUAUGCUCAACCUGGCAGUGUCGGACAUGCUGUGUGUUUGCACCUUGCCCUUACGUGUGGUUUAUUACGCUUUCAAGGGCAGGUGGAUCUUUGGGGACUUUUUGUGCAGAAUCAGCUCUUACUCUCUCUAUGUCAAUCUGUACUGCAGCAUUUUCUUCAUGACCGCCAUGAGCUUCAAUCGUUUCCUGGCCAUUGUGUUCCCUGUUAAGAACCUGAAAAUAGUCAAUGUUAAGAAGGCCAAGAUAGUUUGUGCUGUGAUAUGGAUUUUUGUCACUGUUACCAGCAGUCCGUUCCUUUUGUCAGGCUCCCACAAAGAAGGAAACAAAACAAAGUGCUUUGAACCACCGGCUGGUAAGCAUAAACAAGGCCUGAAAAGCCUGUUGAUAAUGAACUAUAUUUCGCUGGUUUUAGGCUUCAUCCUGCCAUUUCUCAUCAUUCUUGUCUGUUACACCUUCAUUGUGAGGGCACUAUUGAAAAGCACAGCAGCCAUUCACAAGAAGAAAGCAUCGCGCCAAAGAGCAGUGCAUUUGAUCAUCAUUGUGCUGGGUGCUUUCCUGAUCAGCUUUAUGCCCUAUCACAUCCAACGUACAGUGCACCUGCAUUCCCUGCUGCAAAGCAACAGGAACUGUGAUGGAAUUGUUUACAUGCAAAAGUCUGUGGUGGUCACACUCUGUCUGGCAGCUGCCAAUACCUGCUUUGAUCCACUCUUGUACUUCUUCUCUGGAGAGAACUUUAGACGGAGACUGACCAGUUCCUUCACGAGGAAGUCAUCCGUAUCCAGCAAUCAGCUGUCAAACAAGAGGAAACGCUCAUUAAUGCGCGUUGAACAAGACAAAUCAGAUGAAGAUUCUUUCAGCCCUGCUCGGGCAAAUGGAAGCAUGAGCAAGUGAAUCUAAAGCUGUCGUGAUACAGAAUACACAGAAAGGAACUGAGCCUUUCAAGUGUGCAGUAACCUUUGCCCGAGUAGUGUUGCUAUCACACAAAGCAUAUAGAAACCAAAAUUCACAUAAAUGCAGAGAUUCAAUCUGUAGAAAUUGAAUGUAAAGCACACUUUCUGAUUAUAGAGUUCUUGUAGGUUUUUCAAAACUGUGCAGUAAUUCAUUGCAGUGUUCAAAAGAUGGCUCAUCACCAUGAGAAAGCCUUUUUGUUGUGCUUGGUUUACAAACAUAUAUAAUUAUGAAAUCUAUCUGAAAGGCAUUUGACGAUGAGUGAAGUGGAUAGUUUGUGUAUAAAUCACUGGUCAAGUUAUCAUAGCUUUGCAAUGGACCUUAUUUGUUUUCGAUUAUGUGAUUUAGAUAUCCAUGUUAGGGUAAUGAACACAGUGUCCAAAUACUUCAACGUUAUUUCUUCGGAAAAAGGUUGAAAGGGGAUAAAAUCCAAUUCUUUAAACUUCUGAGAAGUCUCUGAGAGACUCAAAGCUACCUAGGAUGUUGAGGAUGAAAUAGAGGGCAUUUGUUUAAGGUUCACAAACCUCCACGUAGGAUGCGAAGAGUUAGUUCUUAUCUUUGAAACAAGAAAAAUGAACCAUUGAAAAAACCUUUUAGAUACAUCUGGGGAGGUCCCCAGUUGACAGUGUGUUUCAACAUUACAGGGUUAAUUGUGAAUGAUUGGAGGUCAGAUGGACAAGUGAAAGAUUAUGAUCCCAUUAGGGAUCAACAGUUAAAAUCAGUCAGUCGAUACUACACACAGCAAAAAGCUCCCAAAUUGAAUCAUUUUUCUGUGUUGAAGUUUCUGAUCUCAGCCAAGGUAGUCAUUGAAUGUUAACAAUUGACAUCAGCUGCCUAUUCAUCAAUGUCUGCUGGGAUGUACAUAUUCAGUCACUACUUUAAUGCUCCCUUAAAAAGUCAGAACUCUGCUGACACUUUGACUUGAAUUGUUUCCAGUCAGGUGGCUGUUGGAGAACAUCAGUCACCCAUUCAGAUGAGCAAGAACAUAGUAUAAUAUGCUUGAGAGAGAGAAGUGACAUGACAAAGAAUAACAGAGAUAAAGAAAAGGACAUUAAUAAUUGCCAGAAGAAGUGCCUUGAAUUUUCAAAUGCUUUUUCUCCUUUAGUGCUUUCUUGACAUUUUAAAAACCAAGGUCUAUUUUGUUGAGAUGCAAAAUUUAAGUUUAGUGAUAAUCAGGUAUUAAGUGUAUGAUUUCAUCACAAUGUGUGUGACAGUUUUGUUUAUUUUUCAUAAAGAAGAUAAAUCUUGUUUAACCAUGCAUUCACAUAAAUAUACUGCCAAAACAGGUGGAUUAAAGUAGAUUUGUAAGUUACUUCCCAUGUUUUGUACUUCAGUGGGAAGUUAUGCUUAUUGAAAUAAAAAUUUUCCAAAGUAAA